AUGGACUUAAUACUGCCAUUGUUGAUCAAUAUUGGUGAGGAUGAGGAAUUUUCUCAUGAUCAUGUAACAUAUGUCUUGAUCCAAGUUAAAAAUUAUCAAAGCGGAAAUGAUCCUAGUUAUCCAAUGACAGCAACAUCAUUACUUUCUCCAGAUAAUGCUGGUAUUGAGGAAGUUGCAACAAACCCAUUUAUUGCUCUUUACAUGCAACUAGGAACACCAAAAGCAUCAUUUGAUAUUCCCAGUCCUGAUUACAUCACAAGAAACAUCAAGAAGAAUUUGGAAGAACUUGAACAACCAGAGGCUUCAACAAAGCCUAGAACAAGGGCAAAUACAAAGAGAAAAUUGAAGGAUCAUGCAACUGAUAUUGGAUCAGUGAAUCUUUCAAAGCGUUCUAGAUCAGAUGCUACUACGAGUCGUAUACAUUACCAGACAGCCAUUGCGUUGUUUGGCUUGUCACGUGAAAUUUAUGGCAUUUUCCCAGACUUGGCACAAGCUAGGGAAGCAACCUCAUCUGCUGCAAUUGUACAACCCACACCCACUUCAGAUAUCACAGAACUCCUAAAAAUAAUGUUGAAAACAUGGGCAGAACCUCGUAAUCUUCAGAGUACAGAAGCCCAAAAGGGACUAAUCACAAGAAUGAGUCCUCACAUUUACAACACAAAGAAACCCUGGCAAUCCAUAGCAAUGGAUGAGAAUGACGAAGAUGGCAACUCUGAAGCAGAAUAA